AUGAGUAUGAAAAUGAUGAAAAGAGACGGUGAAAACCGUAUUAAAGGUAAAAGAGAUGUACAAGAGAGAAAAAGGAACUUAUAUGUCAUGAUAUGAAACCAUCUUGCAAACAAUGGAUAUAUUGAUACAGCAGCCUGCAUGCAAAGAGAAAUAGAUAUCAACUUUGAUAACUAUGAAGUUGCAGAUAAUAUGGAUCUUUAUUAUGUUUUACAAGACUUUGAGGAGUACUAUGAACUACGUUUUCAGAAAUAAACCUACUCUGGUCAAGAAAACAGGAGAUAAUCCUGUCAAGAAAAGUAUGCUCAAUAGAAAGCCUCCUUCAGGAGCACUUAAGAAGCAAGGAUCUACCUCUAGGGCUAGUGGUAGCUCAUCAACAAAGGCUCAAAAGUCUUCAAAGGAAGAACUAAAGGUUAAAAAGUCAAAAUCUUCAGUUGAAAAUCAAUUCUCAUUAGAAGGAAAGAAUAUUGAAAUUCAGAAAGAAGAAGUUAAGGAAGAAACACCAGAAGAGUAUUUUGAAAAUAGAGUAUUACCUCCCUUACCAGAGUUUGUCUUAGCUGGAGAAUUAAAAGAUCUUGCUUUAAGUGUUCAAAGAGAAAUCAUAACAUCAAAUCCUGAAGUAUCAUUUAAAGAUAUCAUUGGUCUUACUACUGCCAAGAAAUUGAUGAAAGAAGCAGUAAUGCUUCCACUAAAAUAUCCUCAUUUAUUUACAGGACUACUAGAGCCAUGGAAGGGAAUCCUAUUGUUUGGUCCUCCAGGAACUGGAAAAACAAUGAUGGCAAAAGCAGUUGCUACACAAUGUAAGACUACUUUCUUCAAUAUCUCUGCAUCUACGAUUGUUUCAAAAUGGAGAGGAGACUCGGAGAAACUAGUUAAAAUUCUAUUUGAUCUAGCAAGAUAUUACCAACCCUCAACUAUUUUCAUCGAUGAAAUUGAUGCGGUAAUGAGCUCAAGAUCUCAAUCUGGUGAACAUGAAGCAUCAAGAAGAAUGAAGACAGAACUUUUGAUACAACUUGAUGGCUUGAUAAAAAGCACAGAUGAAAGAGUAUUCCUCCUUGCUGCUUCAAAUCUUCCAUGGGAACUCGACUCAGCUUUGUUGAGAAGACUUGAAAAACGAAUCUUGAUUCCUCUUCCUGAAUUAGAAGCAAGAAAAGCCCUUAUCCAUCUUCUAGUGCCGCCUACAAAAUCUGAAAACUUAGACUAUUUUGAAAUUGCAGCGCUCUUGGAUGGAUAUUCAGGAUCAGACAUUAGACUUGUAUGCAAAGAAGCAGCUAUGAAACCUCUUAGAAGGCUUAUGGACAGAAUAGAAAAUGUUGACACAGACACCGAUGACUUUGACUGGACCCCAAUCACAGAUCCUGAGAAGGUUCCCCAGCCAGAGCCAGUUACAAUGGAUGAUUUCUUGCAAGCUUUGGAAACUACAAAGGCUGCUACUCAUGUGAUCGAACAAUCAAAAUACCAAAAAUGGAUGGAAGAGUUUGGAUCUGUUUAAAAUCAAUAAAUUCA